AUGGGGCCACCUACAGUAGCACAACGUUUCCGUCAAACACUGGGUCGUGCCCUCCGAGAAACUGGCCAAGCGCUGGAUCGGUUGGGAAUCAAGGGCCAUCAAUUGGCAGUCACUAAGCAAACCAUCGGAGAUGAACCUGUGAUCUAUGAAGAUCACUUGUCACGACAUCGCCAUCAAAUGCCAUUACUGAGACGUGGAAGGCCAAUCAUAUCGAAAGACGUAGCUUUUUUGGCUCCAUGCUCCACUUUGAUUGGCAGUGUCCAUGUUGGAGCGGGGUCUUCAAUUUUUUACAAGUCCAUUUUGCGAGCAGACAACUGUGAGAAUGCUGAAAGUUUCAACACAGACGAACCGGCAUCAGAAGGGUGGGAAUUGGAUCCAGAAAGAUUCACACGACAACACACUCAGGCAAUUGGUGGUGGUAUUUUCAUUGGUGAAAACACCAACAUUCAAGAUGGAUGCAUUAUUGACGCUGUCGUAGGGCAUACAAAGAUUGGAAAUGGAGUUACUGUAGGACAUAUGGCUUCUAUACAUUCGGCAACGGUACAUAACAACUGUUUGAUCGGUAUGGGAUCGUUGCUACAAGAAGGUGUAGUAGUGAAAGAUGAGGCCUUUAUUGCAGCUGGAGCAGUGAUAUCAAAGGAUACAGUGGUUGGAGAAGGAGAAUUAUGGGCAGGGAAACCCGCACGAAAGCUGCGGGACCUGACACCUGAAGAACGGCAAAAGCUACACUACCAAGCCAACGAGUAUGUUGGUGUUGCGGGAACGCACAAGGAUGUAAUGGAACUUGGAGGCAACCUUCUACUGGAAGAUGGCAGCGAUGCAACAGAAAAGCAAGCAUCGUAG